AUCUUCAUCUUUCUCUCUCUCUCUCUCUUUUCUUUCCUUUUUUCAUCCUCAUCUUUUUAUCUUCAUCUUUUUGUUGUUCAAUAAACGAUCAUCAGCUUCCCUCCAGCUUUUGAUUUCUUUCUCUCUGUGAGUCUCUUUUGCUUCUUCUUUUCCAUCUUCUUCUGCUCAUCUUUGUUGUAUCUCCAUCUUGAUUCAUAUACUUUUGUUUGUUUAUUACGUUUAAUUAUAUUUGGAUAAAAAUAUUUUCCAUUUGGAAUAACAAUUGACAAUCAGUGUAAAUCAAUUCAACCAAAGUAAUUGAACAUUUAAACAUCUUACAAUUAUGCUCAUCUCAGGAAUUGUUGAAAAUGUCAACUAUUGGUGGUGGUGGAAAUCACUAGAAAUCACAUUCAUCGGAUAUUCAUUAACCUAAUCAACUAAAUUAUCUCCAUGUGAUUAUUAUUAAUAUACAUUAUCAUCACCAUAAUCAUCUUCUCUCCUUCAUUGUCAUCAUGUUUAUAUUUUGACAAAUUUUAUUAAUGUGACAAUAAUUUUCUUCUGCUUUCCAACAAUUUGUCAAUUUCUAUUCUCAAUUGUCUAUACAUUGAAUAAGGAAAACCAAACAAAGAGUAAUCAAAAUCUUGACCGUUUCUAUUUGUUUAUCAAGAUCAUUUCUACAAAUUCUCUGCUUUUCCAAAUCUAUAUGUGACUUUUGAUUACAUUUAUUAUGUGGACUCAUAUUGUUCAUUUUCUAUUAAUUUUUUACUAUGUGAUUCUCUUUGUGACAAUUUGUCAAUCGGUUUCGGUUGACAAAUCAUCUCGUAGAAGUGCAAGAUCACCUUCUAGUCCAUUAAUACCUUCAUCUUCAUUAUCUUCUAUACAAUUAUCAUCGUCUUCUUAUGAUGCUUCUUCUUUCCCUUUACCAUCUUCUUCUUCUUCUUCACCAACAUCUUCCUCUUCCUCUUCAUCCAUUGUUAAUGAAAUGCAAGCAAGCAAACCUCUUGAACCUCCUCGAAUAAUUGAACAUCCAUCGGAUAUUGUGGUUAAGAAUAAUGAACCCGCUAUGUUAUAUUGUAAAGCAGAUGGACAACCCAAACCAACAAUCGAAUGGUACAAAGAUGGAGAGAAAGUUCGACCCGGGCGACCUCGAAUAUUUAUCAGUGGAGAUGGACUUUUCUUUUAUAAAGUUGUCUCAGGAGAGGGUAAAGACUCUGACACUGGAAUCUAUUAUUGUAUUGCUCGUAAUCAAAUUGGUAAAGUUUACAGUCGAAAUGCAACUGUAAAUGUUGGUUAUUUACGAGAUGAUUUUCGCCUAAUACCCAAAAGUGAUACCGUGAUUGCGGGUGAUUCAGUUACCCUUGACUGUAGUCCACCCAGAGGUUCACCCGAACCCAGUGUUACCUGGAAAAAAGAUGGAGAACCAAUGAUGACCCUAAUGGCCUCACCUCGAUUCCAAUUGACCACCUCAGGUAGCCUUAAAAUAAAUGAUAUCCAUCCAACAGAUAGAGGAAUCUAUGUUUGUGAAGCAACAAACUCAGUUGGAAGCCGAGAAUCAGCUCCUGCCUCCCUUGUUGUCCUAGUUAAACCAUAUUUCAUCAAAAUACCCAACAACAUAACCACCCCUGAACUGAGCACCAUUGAAUUUGAAUGCAAGGUCGAUGGUGACCCUGUCCCCCAAAUAACAUGGACCAAAAAAGAUGGCAAACUGUCCAGUACAAGAUCAACAAUUAAACCUGAUAAAACUUUACGUUUAGUUAAUGUUACUCUUGAAGAUGAAGGUGUUUACCUGUGUGAGGCUGGAAAUCAUGUUGCCUCAGCCGUUGCCGCUGCGACUUUAACUAUUGCUAAUGGUUUUUCUGCUACUGGUGGUGGUGGUGGUGGAGGAGUUGAACCCGCUCUUUAUCAUUCCAUUGCUAAAGAACCUUAUUUUAUUGUGGGAGCGAUUCUGUUAAUGUUCAUCCUUUGUUCAAUUAUAAUGAUUGUCUUUGCCCGUCAACAUUUGGGCUGGAAAAAAGCGGUUGGUGCUUAUAUUACGGUUCAAUUGUCAAAAGCUGAUGAACUUGAAAAGGCUCGACAUUUAAAUAAUACUUGUUCAAGUAAAAAUUCAUGGCUUUUGGAGACAACAACAUCAGCGGCCAUAAACUCACCCGGAACUACAACGGGACUUUUAAUGGGUGGAAAUGCAAGUGGCGGAGGAAAUGGUAGUGCAUCUAAAUCAUUCAUCUCAUCAGAAUUGAGGAAAGGAUCAUCUUACCUUCAUCAUUCAUCACCAACACCUCCACCAUCUAAUUCAUCAUCAGUUCGUAUUGCAGGUUCAUUAUUUAGAGAUUGUGAUAAUACUAAAGGAGGUUAUCGUAAGGGUGGUUUCGGUGGUGGUGAGAUUAAACCAUUUAAUCCUUCCCUUCAUCAUUAUCAUGACCAUUUAACCACCAACACUUCAACUAAUCUUGAAAGUUAUCCUUCAAUUGAGGAAGGUUAUUAUGCUGAAGUAGAAGGCUACUCUUCCCUUGUUACCUUUGGGAAAAAAGAUUCAUUAACAACAACAGCAACAUCUACAUCUACAUCAUCAUCAUCAACUACUGUACCAGGUAAUAUUGUGAACCAGAAUAAUUUAAUCAACAAUACAAAAUCAAUAUCAUCUCCUGCAACCACAUCAAAAGCAACAAUAAUUGAGCCAAUGGCUCCAUCUAUUGAACCCUAUGCAACAACCAAUUUAAUCAAUACUUAUCAUCAUCCUAAUUAUCAUCAUCAACAACAACAACAACCUCAACAGUAUCUUGAGCAUAGAGCCUGUGAUCAAAAUAAUUAUCAUCAUCUUAAUCAACAACAACAAUCGAGCAACUAUUAUGGACUUCCCUUAACGGUAACAAUUAAUGGUUCCUCUGGAAAUAUUGUCAAUUCGCCUUCACUUUCUCAACGUUACCCAAUUUAUCACCAAUUACACAAUAGUAACACUGAACAUAUCAACAAUUAUCAUAAUCAUUCACCUUUGUCAACAUCAAAUCGAUCAACAAUUACCAAUAAUUCAAAUAAUUCAACAGCAUCAACACCAACUCCAGGAUCUGGUUAUCGGAAAGUGAUACUAAAAGAUUCAAGAUCAAAAGAUCAUCAAUUACUUAAAAAUAAUCGAAAGGUUUUAAUUACUGAUGAUCUUUAUGCAAUCCCUAAUUGUGGACCUGAUGAUUUAGAUGAUAAUUAUGACGACAAUGAUGAUGAUCUUGACCAUCAACAUAUUCGUCCACCUUCAGCAAACUUUUUCUUACCCAAUACAUGAUAACGAAAGGAAAACAUUUCUAAUCAUAAUUUGUAUAAAAAAUGCGAAUCACAAUUAAUCUGAUUAAUCUGAUAUAUUGAAUUAAUUUAUUUUCUCCUUGUUUAUCAAUAUUUGUUCAAUUACAAUUUGAUAAAUUGUAUUGUAUGGAUGCGUGAUUGACCAGUUGACCACACGAUCUAACCGAUAAUGCAACCAACUAAUUUAGGACAUUUUCAUGUUGCAUUGACUCCCAAAGUAAACUGGAUUACUUAAUCAUCUUAAUUAUCAUCAUCAUCAUCUUUGAUUAUCAUCUUUCUUAUAUUCCUACUUGGUGGCCUUUUCUUUAAUACGUCAAUAAACCAAUACGAUUUCAAUGGAUUUUCAUUAUAUACAAAUAAUCAAUGACAACGAUUUAACCACAUCAUGAACACAAUUAGAAUUGACAACAACAAUUAAAAAUUUAGUAGCCAAGAAGUGAUACAAUUAAUGAUUAUUUCUGAUUAAUAAUCAAAUCAUCACAUAUCAAUAGUCAGAUAAAUACUUAUUCAAACUAAAGUUGAUCCGAAUCUCUUGUCACUGAAAAUUAAAUUGAUAAUCAAACUACUCAGGAUAAUCUAAAUUUGCAACCAUCAUAAUCAUCAUCAACUUAAUCAAUUCAUAAUCAUCAAUUAAUUAUUUGCUCAUUACUCGGUAUCCGAGUGGCAAUGUUUUCCUGGUGUGUUUCCAGUUAAUCAUCAUCAUCA